GCGGAUCCUCAGUGGUUUUAUCUCUUGUCUCGGUGAAUUUUAGUGUUGAUGAUGAGAUGGAUGUGAUUUGCUGUAAAUCAGAAGAAACUGAAGAGUGUUUACAGGAUGAUGAAUCUACUGAUCAAACCUCCACAGAGUCUCUGGAUUCUGUCUGUAACGCUGGAGAAAAGCAGCAGAUCCUGCAGACCAAACUCAAGAUGUGUUCAGUCAAACUCAUCGACUGCACGAACCUCAUGAUGAAGAUCAAAACUGAACCUACAGAAAUAAAAACUAAAGCUACAGAAAUAAAAACUGAACUCACAGAAAUAAAAUCUGAAACUACAGAAAUAAAAACUGAACCCAAAGCAGAGGAAGAUCACAUUGAUGAAGACAAUCAUCAUGAUUUUAUUCCUUCAGAUGUGAAGAGUGAUUUAUGUUUGGAUGAAGAAAAAACGUCCUUAACAUCAGAAGAGCAACGGACAACACAAACUCUUUCCUGCAUCACCUGUGGAAAGACAUUCACCUCAAAGAGACAUUUAGAGAGACAUGAGAGAAAACACACAAAACAGAAACUCUUCACCAGAUCUGAGAUCAGCUUUACUACCUUACAAGAGAAGAAACUUCAUUCAGAAGAGCACACAGACAAGAAGAAGAAGAAGAAGUUGUUUCAGUGUCAGCAGUGCGGGAAGGUUUGUGUCUCUUCUUCUAGUCUGAACGUUCACAUGAGGACACACAGUGGUGAAAAAACUUUCAACUGCAGGGAAUGUGGCUAUUACUUCAGCAACAAAGGAAAUCUUGAUAUUCAUAAGAGAAUUCACACAGGUGAAAAAACAUACAAGUGUCCUCACUGUGAGAAGAGAUUCAGACAAAAAGGCUGUUUGAAGACACACAUGCGUUUACACACUAAAGAGAGACCGUAUCAGUGCAGUGAAUGUGGAAAAACAUUCAGCGAGUCAAGUUCAUUAAAAUCACACCAGAAUAUUCACUCUGAAGAGAAACUCCAUCAAUGUUCACACUGCGAUAAACGUUUCCGUCAUAAGUCUUAUCUGAUAGUCCAUGAGAGAAUUCACACUGGAGAGAAACCCUACGUCUGCUCUCAAUGUGGAAAGAGCUUCUCUAAUCCAGCUCAAUUUAGAGUUCAUCAGAGAGUUCACACUGGAGAAAAUCCUCAUCACUGUAGUUUCUGUGGGAAGAGUUUUAAACAGCAUAUCAAUUUAGUGACACACCAGAGAACUCAUACAGGUGAAAGACCUUACAAAUGCUCUCAGUGUGACAAGACUUUUACUCAGUCGGGUUCGUUAAAAACCCAUGAGAGAAGUCACACUGGAGAGAAACCUUACAUUUGUGCUUACUGUGGAAAGAGCUUCGCUAGGCCAUCUCAAGUCAUGGUUCAUCAGAGAGUUCACACCGGAGAGAAACCUCAUCAUUGUAAUGUCUGUGGGAAGAGUUUUAGUCAACAUGACAAUUUAAUGACACAUCAGAGAACUCAUACAGGUGAAAAACCUUACAAAUGCUCUCAGUGUGAGAAGACGUUUACUCAGUCAGGUCACUUAAAAAUCCAUGAGAGAGUUCACACUGGAGAGAAACCUUACAUCUGCUCUCAGUGUGGAAAGAACUUCUCUGAUCCAUCUCAUUUCAAAGUUCAUCUGAGACUUCACACCAGAGAAGAAACCUUAUCACUGUAGUGUUUGUGGAAGGGUUUUAAUCAACAAUCAAACUUUCAAUUGCACCAGAGAACUCAUACAGGUGAAAAACGUAAAAAAAUGCUCUCAGUGUGAGAAGACGUUUACUCGGUCAGUUUCCUUAAAAGCCCAUCAGAGAGUUCACACUAGAGAGAAACCUUACCUCUACAUCUGUGGAGAUAGAUUCGCUAAUGUAGGACCUUUUAAGACUCAUCAGAAGAAACAAAUUGAAGAUCAAACUACUCUGAAAUCAUUGUAGCUUUAUGUUUAUUUAGAAUGAGUUAAGUGAACUUUCAGGUCGAUUGGAAGCCAAAAACAUUGUGUGUGAGACAGUGAAUGUAGUUGUGUGUUUUGGGGGGAAAAAACCCAAAGAUUUUGUCUUGAAGAUUAAAUUAAAUGUUCUAACUUUACAGCAGUUUUUUAUAUUGUUGACUUCUAAGUCUGUCUAUAUCUUACAUAACUAUAUCAGUGGUGUAUAAAGACCUUUCAUAAUGAACUGUAUUGUUUUUAUUGCCUUAGAAUGAAUCGUUUUAUCUACAUACACAGCUGAUCCCCCUACAUGGUAGUUUCUGCCAUUUUGCUAUCUCAAUAAUGACAUUUUCAUCCUGUGGCAAACGCUUGUGAUUUUAAUCCAGAGAAACAAGCUUAUUUCAUAAGUAAAACCAUAGUUGCCAUAGUCUUCAAAUAUAAGAAAAGAGAGCACUUCUUAUCAUAAUGUUUUUAUUACACUUCCCAAACAAACAGCGCUCUGAGGAAGGUUGGGCUAAAGAUGGUCUGACCUGUGGUCAUUCUGUGCCUAAACUGCCUGCUUGCUUUUAUAUUGUUACUCAAACUAGAUAUGCUCUGAACGGGACGUCCAUGUAGUUCUCUAAGUUUAUGUAUAGCUCAACCAAUCAGAAUCAUGAAGUUUGACGUAAUGUUUUAUUAUCUCUGUUAGAGUACAAAUACUUCUGUAUUGUAAUGUGUAAGCAGAUCGGCCUGGGAACUUAUUGUUGAGUGUUGAAGCUGAAUUCUGCUGUGUGAACUGCAAAGAAGUCUCUUCAGUAAAAAAUUCUUCUAUAAACGUCAUCUCUGACUUCUGGUCUUUAUUUAUCAUCACAGAUAUACAGGUUUUAACUGCAUUUCCCCAACAGUUAAUGGUGGAGAAUGCGGGCAAUCAUUCUUUGGUGACAUUCCUGAUUAACCAGAAAAUAAGAUGGGAAGAUUUAAUUUAAUUUACAUUUUGGUUAGGGCUGUCUGGUAGAAGAGUUUAGGAGUUUGGGGUUCAAUUAGACGUGACUGAAAACACACCUUAAGGCCAGGGAAAGGCGGAUGUACAUGCGUGUAAAAAAAAGUGUAUACAUGGGUGUGCUCCAUUUUAUUUUGGAUGG